UGUACUGUGGUUCUUGUCAAGGAACUACAAAUAAGUAAUAACUACUCAACUUGUUUGAUGUAACCGAAUAGUGUUGAAGUGAAACAACAGCCAGGCUGCCGAGAUAGUGGCUCCUUAUCUGUGAUGCUGAAUCAUAGUGCUGAAAAUUGUCUACAUUAUACCUUAUAAGUCUUGUACCCAAAGAAGAUUUUAUAAAUCACAAUAAAUUCUGAGGCAAAUUUCAAAACAAAUAUUGUACCAAAGAAAAAACCGCGCAGUGAGUUGGAAGGUCUUCCUUUGGUAAUCACCUUUCAUUGAUAGGAAGAUUUUUUGAUCCACUUCUGAUUGACUAUCAUCAUGCGCCGACUUGCAUUGCCAUAACAAUUGGUUGCUAUUUGGAAUGAGAUUUGACUUUACUACCAGUCAUUGACUCUCACAAUCUACUGCUGCUACUAUUGGGAGUUUAGAUAGAAACUGGUGAUAUAGAACUAGGGACACCAGAAAUGUUCAAAGGGAGAAUAUUAUCAGCUGUGAAGAACUAACUUUUAAUGAUGGGUGAAGAUACGCCAGCAGCUAGCACCAAACCCACGCCAGUUGCUGUACCUAAACUAAGAAAAAAUAAGAGGAUUGAAAAGAGGUGGGGCCAGAGGUAUUAUACAACUGUGAAAGAAGCUGUGUUCAUGCUUAGAUCUUCGCCAUAUAUGCCUGCAGAACCACCGCCAAUAUUACGAAGUGAUGCUGAUGAUUACCAACCCCUGUAUGUGUGCAAGCAAUGUAGAGACUGUUUCCGCUUUCUCAAUAGCCUUGAAUCUCAUACCUCAAGACGUAGCUGGAUCCUUGGAUAUUGGUGUCCAAAUUGUUUCAUAACCGAUUGUUCUCACACUCAAAAUGGUCAGUUCCCAUGCUUUGACUGUCAGUCAGUCGCUACUGAGCGCAAAACUUACCUUAAAUCAAAGGGCCUGAAAAAAGGCAGUAAGAUGGGACUUGUGAAAAUUUUUUACAACCAAUGUCAAUUUUUUGCACAUUUAAAAGGACAUAACACAAGUAUCGUUGACGUGGCAGAUGUUAUGCUAAUGCCAAUGCCGCUAGAUGUUGAAAAGCAGCAUUAUGUAGAGCUGGAGCAAUUUUGCGAGAUUAUUAUGGAGCACAUGUUUUUGACCUGCUCACACAUUAUGGAUUGGCUGAAGACAAAACAGCUCGGUGACAAAUGGUGGACUUUGUUACGGUCAACCUCCAAAAGUGAUGAAAAUCCAUUAUCUGAAAUUCUGGCGCAUAGGGUAGCUCAUGGUGGCAAAAAGUCAGAGAAACGUAUCGGUAUAUUAUCAAAAACAAGUCUCUCCAGUCGAGCAUCACCUUCGAGAAGUACUACAUCCAUCAGAAAAGCUGUAAGUUCUGAUAUUCAAUCAUCUAUUUCUGAAACUAUUGAAUCUGUGGUGGCCCAAUCAGCUUUGAGUGAUAUGGAACUAUUGACUCCCGAAAAACCUAAAACACCAACAGUGUCAGCUCUUACGUCCAUUACUUCUUUGCAGUCCACAGAAAGUGUUGACAAUCCAUGUACUACAAUUGAUAUCGAAUCUGUUGAUUGUAGUUCAGUAGCAAAACCUAAUGUAUCACAAGUGAACAUUAUCCGUCCCUCAAAAGAAAAGGAUGAAAGAAUUAUGAACGGCGGUAUCAGUGAUAAUAGCCUUGUCAGUGUAACACCAGGAAAAGUAGAUUUGCAACCAUUACACAAAGUCCCAGAGGUUUCUUUGAAAAUAAGACAAAAUCAAGUUCGAAAUCCUGCACACGCUGCAAUGCCCAAUAUCGCUCUCAUAGGGAAUGAUAAUGUGUUUGAGCAAAAGAUUUCUGUAAAAAAAUUCGCUUGUGAACCAGUGAAAACAGGUAUAAUUCCUCUUCAAAAGAAUGUCCCAAUAGCGAGUAGUCUAAAACCACGAGUUAUUAACAAAGUGGUGCCGACACCGAUUGAACCGAUAAAUAUUAAAACAUCCCUUUUAUCCGGCAAGGAAGUAGCACGAGUUGUUGGAGCAUCAAAAAAACCCAUACUUCAAACUUCGUUGUCAGCUUUAGGACCUAGAAUACUUACUGUACACAGUGGCAAGAAGACUGACAUUUCACAAAUCAUUGGCCAGUUACCACCUGACUUGAUUAACGGUAGCAAAAAAAUAGUUUUUAUUGGCCAAGAUGCAGAACGGCUUAAGAUUCUUCCCAAAAGAGAACCAACUUCUAACCAGCACAUCAUAAAAUUGAAAUGCGAAACAGAUAAAACAAUGAUUUCACCAACUCACUUAACUGGAGUUACGCCUACACUGGUGUCAAACAUUGAAAGUGAACAAAGUGUCAAGAUUGUUUCAAACAAAUUGCAGAAAAUUUCUUCAAAGGACAUAGUAAAUCCCAGGGCUCAAUCACUCUCUCUCGAUGGCAAAGUUAUUUACCAAAAUGGAAAAAAAUUCAUCAUACGUCAGGCACCUAAAUCUACGCGUGGAUGUGCUGUCAACAGUUCAAGUAAUCUGAAAUUCCAAACUAUUGCUAAAUGUGUCAAUGUCUCGACACUGUCAUCUGCCAAACAGCAUCCAAUAUCUUCCUUUCGACCAAUUGCGGCCAAAGCAGUCAAAUUGGCUGUAGAUAAGAUUGCACCUCUUAUAACGCCAUCUCCUAUGACAUCACCAGAUUCUUCUUCAACAUCUAGUCCUUCAUUAUCACUUUCUCCCCCUUUAAUUAUUUCCAAAAAACUAGAGAUGUCCCAAAGUCCUGCGUUAACAAGCAAAAAUGAUAAUGAUGAAACAACCUCAGAAAAAUCUCUUGACUCCCUCAACACUUUAGAGCCACAGUCAUUAUCAGUUUCUUCUUCUGGUAAAACCGAGUUGUUCAAUGUGCAAGAUUCUGACGCAAGAGAAUAUUUUAUCGUAAAAACAGAUGCCAUUGGCAGAAGUUAUGUUGAUUUUCGAAAACCAAAAGUAAAACCAAUAAAGAUGAAUAAAGGUCUGAGUUGGACGCAAAUUGCGGCGAAAUAUAAGCAACGGAUGCUAGCAAAACUUAUUCGUCUGGGUGAAGAAAAGAUCAGGCAACAAAUUGACCAUUUGAUAAGUGUGAAUUCAGAAUUUUCAAAAACUAUUGGCAUCUCUAAUGACCCAAAGAUUUUGAAGAACUUAAAAGCUAUCAAAGACUUGGAAAAUAUUCUGAAAGAACCACUAUUAUGUUCCGAGAAAUAUCAGAGUAUUGACCGGGGACCAAGUGAACAUGAUAUUAAAAAAAUAUUGUUGAAUAAUAGGGAGAAAAGUAAACAAACAAUUUGUUCUACUUGUAACAGACCUAUAACUUCUAAUUCAGAUAUAGCAUCGUUGUUGAAUACAACAGCUAAAGAUUCUGGCAAUUGCACUUGUGAUAACUACAUAUGCCACAUAUGUGACGUAUUUCAAGGAAAUAGGUCUCGUUUUGAAGCUCACUUGAACUUUCAUGCACAUAGGGAACCAUUUAGUUGUCCUGAGUGCUUCAAAAAGUUUUCUUCGUUCCAACGAAUGGAAAUACACGUAUGGACGAUUUGUUUUCACCCUCUGGCAAGGAGAUGGUUUACAUGUAAAUUAUGCCAAGUGGAAGGCUUCCUUGAUAUGGAGUCUCUCACCAAACACUUUAUUCUUGUACACAGCAAACUCAGGAUUGCUUGCUCAGAGUGUGGAGUGUUUGUGGGAACAGAAGCUGGUUUCCAAAAGCACCAUAAAGAGGAUCAUCCAACAAAACUCAGCACUGUUAAACCAGUUAUUUUAGCAAUCUGUGAUAUUGAAAACUGCGUCGUACGUCUCGAGGAUUGCAGAUCACAUAUAGACGAUCAUACAGGAGUAUUUAAGAUGCUUUACUACAAAUGCCCUCUGUGCCCGUUCCUUGUUGAAGAAACCGUACGAGGUAGGGAGCAGAUAAAGGCUCACUUGCAUAGUACUCAUUCAGAACAACUGUCUUACUUGAUAAACUCUGAAGGCUUCCCUGAAAUCAUGUCAGUAAAGAAUUUGCAGAAAGCAAAAUCCAUGACACUUUCAGAGCACCUCGACUACCCAAUGCAGCAAGUUGUAUCUAAAAAUGAUUCGCAAAAUGAGUGUGAUACACCAAUUACCAAUUUGUCUAACAAAAACGAAGAUCAUAACGAAAAUCCUGAUACGCCAGAGUCUGUCCUAAACGAAACCGAAUCAAUUGUUGCCAACACUAUAAUAAACGAUUCUUGUAAUGAAUCAUCAUCUGAAAUUCUGGAGUCAACAUUAACUGAACAAACAGAGAACACAAUCGGACGUAGCAUUUGCUCCAUAUACUCAUCCGAUGAAGACUCAGCUCAACCGGAUGGCUCAGGACUUACACCCCUUGAAGUAAUAUCUGCAGUAGAGAAGUCUAUUGAGCCACUGAAUAACGUGAUAACUGAAUAUAGCUCGUCACCCAAAAUAUUUGACGUUCGGUCUGUAACACCUGAUGCUUAUGAAAAUCUGAGCAUAGAAUCACAAAAAACGCUCGACACAUCUAUGGAGAUAUCACCCACACACUCACCUCAGGUGAAAGUCAUUGGGCAAACAGAGAAUGUAGAUUCCACCAGCAUAUUACAAUCAACGAUAGCGCCGGACAAGUGUAUCGGACUAUUAGACUCAAAUGAGAAAUUCUCGAGAGACCAAGUGGACCAAAAGAUACUACUAUCACAACUAAAAACCGAAUCCGUGUCUGAUGAUGAAAUUCUCCUUACUCCUCCUCCCCUCUACGGACCACAGAAAUAUAGAGAUAUCACAUCUGAUUCAGACAUCUCUCCAAUAUUUUCAGGGUCAGAUUCACAGCAGUCAAAACAGUUUGCUCAUGAUAAAAAAAAAAUUCCAUCAAUAUCUGUUCUAAAGAAGAGAUUGAAUACAGAUGUUGAGAGUCUUGAUCCUGAUGACGCAGAGCCUCAAAAUCAUCUAUCUCACCUGAGUGUACACGUUACAAGUGCUCAGGCUACCACAUGUGCUUCUAGUUCUACAGAAGCGGAUACCUUGCCACUUUACAAUGUAUCAAAACCUCCACCACUUUCAAGAAUUCCGCAACGUUUACUGAAUACAUCACCUUUAAAAAUUGAAGUCGAAGAAGAAGAACCACGUGAAAUAAAAAUCUCUACUCCAAGAUCUUUAGUAAAAUGGAGACGACGAAGGAAACGACCAUGGCGCAUUGCUUUUGACAUACCGACCCAGCCUUCGGAACCAGUUGAUUACAACUGUCACCUUUGUGGAGAAUUCAUAAACACAUCAUGGCCAAUAAUACAGAAUCACUUCAACCUGAGGCAUUCCGAAGAUUAUAAAUUGGCUAUAGUAACACCCAGACUUUUACGAAUGUCGAAUGAAUUCAUUUCGGAAGGUUAUCGAGAGGUGCUAGGACCUAGAAAACGAAAAUUAGAUGGAACUGUGUCGUCUUCUAAAAGGAGAAGACGAUGGAAUCCUAAGAAACAUAUUGAAAAAUAUCCACUAGAAUAUGGGUUGUGUGUACAGCAAGAGUCUGUGCAAGAUAGGGAAGGAAAUUUUGUAUGCAAAAAAUGUGAUCAACGAUGCAACGAUAUUUCUUCUCUAAGAGAACAUAUUGGAACGAAUCAUCGAAUCAAGGAUCAUUAUCUAGUGUGUCUAGAAUGUGGACAAAAUUUUGUGGUGGAACCAAGUUUACGAAUGCACCUAAAGGCCUUCCACAGGAUAGAAGAUCCGUCUACUUACAUGGCGGAGAAUCCGGCAUAUGCUAGAGAACUUUUGGACCCAAGAGAAAGCGAAUGUAAAAUCUCAAACCAAUGUUACGUGUGUAUGGCAGUAUUUGAAGACAAGUUAGCAGUUGACAAACAUUUGAGGGUGCACGGUAUGGCGUUCCUUAAUCGUAAACGAAUUGAAGCUCAACAGGCUGCCCGAAACCCAGGUAAAAAAACCAGGAUUGAUAAUCCAGAAGAGAGUGAAACUGUUACUAUCACUGCAAACGAUGAAAUUACAAAGAAUCCAGAGCUCGAGAAUGGGGACUCUCCUGACAGACUAGAAUGCCAUCCAAAGAAAGGUGAUGAUGAACUGGACAUAUCACAAAGCUCAUCUACAUUGGAAUAGCAGCCGAUGCAGUAAUGCAGUUGGAUGCGUCAUUUACCCACGGGGAUAUUCGAUAAUAACUACAAGGGCAUGAGUGUAAUAUUGUACGCAAUGUAAUGUCUUCAGAAAAACAGAAUUCUAGCAAUGAAGCACAUGAUUGAGAAAAAGAUUAUAUGUAUGUAACUAUCUAUAUAAUACAUUCUGUAUAUAACUCUAAUAUAUACAUAUAUGUAUGUCUAUUAAUUUAGUGAAUAGAAGAUUUUUUUAUUACAGUUAUAAACUAUCGUUAAGAAGUUAUGUUAGUUGUCAUCGAAUAAACCGAAAAUAUGACAUUCUUAUUACAAA